AUGACCCUCGAACUUGUCAGCCAAUGUCACCGAGAGUGGAAGGACACUGGCAAAUGGAAGUCUCUGUAUUGCAACACUCAUUCUCUUAUUGACUACUAUGGUCAGGGAAGCAACUACAUUCGACUGAUGAACGUGAAAGAUAGGUCUGCUUAUAUACUGGGGUCUUGUGUAUCUGACCUUGCUGAUGUUUUAAGCGAAACGAACGGGGAUAAAUCUGUUGAACAGGUGAGUCGGAGACCUUUGAAGAAAAUGCCGAAGAAGGCCAAAUUCGAGUUGGCGGAAACGGAGAUCAGGGACCUUGGAGAGGAUAGUGCCGACAUUCUGGUAGAUUGUGGCUAUCUCGAUGGUUUGGCUGUGGAGGACAAUUUUUCAGUAAGCCUGAAGAGCUGGGUCCAGAUGGUGAUGAAGAAGGCGGAGAAAGCGGUGUACGUGAUUACUGUCGGCCACGAGCCUCUCAUUCGGGAGUUCAUCAGGUGGUCGACGGGCUGUAACUUCGAGAUUACAAUUUCGCCGGUACGGCUGCCUUUCAAUCCGGCUAGGGGAUCGGUUCCCGUGAUUAUUGAGAUCAACAAGGAGAAGACCAUUACAGUGGAAAGGUACCCGAACAUUCAGAUAUGUACCCAAGCUUUUACCAAGAGAGACAACCAGGAGUGUAGUAUUUUAAGAGUGCCUGCUUUAUUAAAAGAAUGGCGGAGGUUAUACUACCUCCAAAAUGUCGUACCGUCUCAUCACGCAGGUAGUCUAAGGCUCUUCGACAUUGUGGAGUCUAGCACGGGUGAGACUUAUUACAGUCUAUCUAUGUACGACCGAGUACUGGACAAAACCAGUCCGAAGAAGAAGAACCUCAAAGCAUGCGUAGCUGUCAUGGUCCCGCUAGCGGACGAGCAUCACUGGCUUUAUAGAACGCCGUCGGGACAUCAGAGACUCGCUGAAAAGGCUGGAACGCUCAGGGUACUUUGUGUUUUCCUACCCAAUUUCAAGCCGUUGAUGAAAUCGAGCGAUGAAGUUCCCGCGCAGGUUGUUGAACGCAUACGAAAAGAUAUUGGUUCUCAUUUAUUGUCUUUAAAUCCCAACCCCGCGACUCCCGUGCUCCUCAUGACCCAACAGGAAAGGUUCGAGGACGAACGAAAAUCGAUCGCCAUCAGCAGCACCGCUGACGGAGACGAACUCAUGGUUUAUGAUGUUGUUGUAGACCAACAAGAUGAAGAAUUUAAGGAGAAUCCGGACAAUGAUUCGAACGAGGUGAUCCCGCCUUCCCCAUCAGAGUAUACGCGACGGACUAUGAUCUUCUCCAGCAAUCCCCGUUGUGCUCAAACUGAACUCUGGUUCAAGGGGCCGUCUGACAACCCAGAGUUCAGAUACACUCAUGUAUGUCAUAGCUAUCAAAUCCCGAUAUUAAGAGUUGUCUGUGACUAUAUCGAACGACAGGGGCCUUCCACGGGUGCCAUUCUCGGUAUUGGCGGCGGCCUUAUGCCCAGCCUGUUCAACAAGGUGUUUGGCCGCAAAGUACACUUAGACUGCGUGGAUAUAGAAGCUGAGGUAGUAAAUAUGGCCAAAAAAGCGUUCGGCUACGAUGAUGCUCCAGAUUAUAGGAACACGGUGAUCCGAGAUGCCGUUGAUUAUAUCGCCGAGAAAUCCUUAUCUGAAGACAAGCUGGACUUUGUCGUCGUGGAUAUUAAUGGAACGUCCGGCGCCACACUUCCCCACCUGGAGAACGUCACGGGUCCUCAUAGGAAUUUCCUCACUUCUGAAUUUCUAUCCGCAGCGAGGAAAGCGGUGAAGGCUGAGGGGCUUGUGAUCCUGAAUGCUGUUUGUCAAGUUGUAUCCGCGAGAAAGCAGUUAGGGAGUUAUCUCAAGCCGAUGUUCCCAAAUGUAAUGGGGGUGGCUUACGGCGAUGAAUUAAAUGUUGUCUACGUUUGUUCGGCCAACAACUGGCAUAGCGGCGAGAAUCCCUUCAUUCAAAUACGAAAAAGGCUACUGGCUUCCGCUCAACGAUUCCCAGCUCUGGCGGAUGUUGUUACGGAUACCCCUCUCUAUUUGGGCGAGAGGUCACGCAUGCGCGCCAAUGUAAUUUCUUUUUGA